GUCAAAUGACCAAAUUAUCUUGACAACUGACAGUUAGUAGUCCUUCUGCGGCUACAAGCGGUGUUGUGUGAGGUUUGCGUCUUUUGUUAAAGUUCGGUAAAAAGCCACGAAAUCUUCCAAGAUGUCUUUCAUAAACCCAAGUGAUAUGGUCGACGAAGAUGCAGCUGAUCUGCAGUUCCCCAAAGAAUUCGAAAAUGCAGAAACACUGCUAAUAAGCGAAGUACAUAUGCUCCUCGAUCAUCGCAAAAAGCAAAACGAAUCCGCUGAUGAGGAACAAGAGUUUUCUGAAGUGUUCAUGAAAACGUAUAGUUACACUGAUACAUUCCGGAAAUUCAAGAAUAAGGAAACGAUUGCCGCAGUCAGAAGUUUACUUAUGCAAAAGAAGUUGCAUAAAUUCGAAUUGGCAGCCUUAGGGAACUUAUGUCCCGAAGCACCGGAAGAGGCAAAAGCGCUGAUACCAUCACUCGAAGGACGAUUUGAAGAUGAAGAGCUACGACAAAUAUUAGAUGAUAUAGGGACGAAACGAAGUUUACAAUAUUAAUGUAACGACGAUGUACUUUGUAAUUAUACCUAUAAUAAAAAAGAAUUUUAUUUUAUCA